AUGAUCCUGGCAACAAACAAAUGUGGAUGUCCACCAAAGAAAGAAAAACCUCCUUGUUCACCUUGUUGCGCCUCCAAAAAUGUCUCCAUCAAGUCAGCCCCUAAAAAAUGUCCUCCACCAGCUCCAAGAAUCGUCGACCCUUCGACAUGUUGUCCUGUAAAACCAUCAGAGACAAAGUAUCAGAGAUCCAGCAAGAUUCGUUCGGAGAUUGCUGAGAAAGGGUUGCCCUAUAAAGAGAUCGAAGCUAUUAUUAAUAACAAUAGAGUGGUAAUUAGAACACAGACAGAACCUGGUAGAGUGGAAUACGAUCCUCCGUGUGACUGCGUCGAGGAUCCUCUUCCUAGUAGACGGGUCGAAGCAGAAGAAAGUCAAGUUCAAGAUUCAGGAAAUAGAACUGUAAUGCUGUAUCCUCGACCUCGAGAACAAGAUCGGAAAUCAACAGAUUUUCAGUACCACCACGGAGAUGAGGGUUUUAAGUUGAGGAACACGAUUGAUCAAGCAGAGAAUCCGAAUAUAUUCUUGUUGAAGUUUAAGAGGAAGAGCAGCGCAGGUGAUAAGAAGUUCAAUAUCGAUCUGGAAUUUAAAACUCCUCGUCCUUGGUCCACGAAGAAACUAUUGGAGUACAGUCAACAAAUCAAACCACCAGAAUCUAGUACUGCGACGUUGAAGAAAGAUGUCGAAGAAGAAAGAAAAAACAAAGAGGUCUCGAGUCAAAGUAAAAAGGGAAAGCGACAGUAAAUGAAUCGUUCUUGAAAAUAAAAUAGACAUUUCAUUUGUAAGAUAACAGUUACUUCCAAUUAAUAAACAUCAUUCCUGAAAGAUUAAGAUAAAAGAUCUUCAAUUAUUAGAUCAACAGCAGUGAUAAGAUAUAACUAAAGCUUUUGGAGCUUAAAAUAAAAGAUCAAUUUGAUAUUAAACAUGUACAAUAUUUAUAGGGUUAAUUGUGAAGCUUAUUUUGAUAUUGUCUUCAACUACUAAAUAGUAAUAAGAAGGUUCUCUAUAUGGAGCUGUAAAUUUGAAAAUUCAGGAGUCAUUUUCAAUUCGACUUAGCAAGAUUACUUUCAUUCAACCGAUUUGCCUCGCAGCAGGUAUAUCCUGUGGGAGAUAUCCUGUAGAAGAUUUAACAACACAACAGGUGUCGAACGCGCCCCUUUUCUGGGUGUAGACGCCUUUACCAUGGAUUUAUUUCUUACUAAAAUAGAUUUCGAUCCUAUCAACCUUCAAACACUUCUGUCGAUAUAAGUCAUGAUAUGUAUAUCGUUAUGAACUUUGGAAUUUGAUCAAUGAAUUUUGAACGCAAUAACUAGGAAAAGAAAAGCGAUUAAGAUCUCCAAAAGUUUCCAAAACCAUCCCCACGACUAAAUUCCAGGGUCAGGUGAGAGUAUAAAUGGAUCUAUUCAGUAUUUUUUCCAAGAUCCUUUUCCAGGAGUAGCCACCCGCCUACCGUAGCCCCAUUUUUUGAAGUCAAGGGUCAAAAGAAGCACAAUAAGAUAUUUCAAUAAAAUGCGUAACUUUGACAUCGUUAAAGAACUAUUUUUAUCACGAGGAAAAAGCAUGCUGGUAAUUAUAGCUGUCCCUCGCCUUGAAUAUAUCUUGAUAAUUUGGUCAUUUUGCAAAGGAGUUUGUUUUGCAAUAUUUAAACUUACCAAGGUAAUAAAUAAUUACAUAGAUUUACAAAGAAAUUGCUUAGCUCAAAGAUUAGGAGUCUAUGAUUUAAAGAAAAAUUAAAAACAAACGAUA